AUGGACAACCUGACAUUCAGAUACAGCGUACUACUAGUGGAGGGACUAAAUGUUACAUCUCAGUCAAGCCUUCCGGCAUUUAUCCUUCUUUUGCUUGCUUACAUAUUUAUGAUGAUUUCUAACAUUGGGAUGAUGAUUCAGAUCUCACUGGAAAAAAGUUUACACCAGCCUAUGUACAUUCUUUUCUGCAACUUGACACUGAAUGAUGCAUUGGGAGCCACUGUUUUUGUGCCACGUUUAUUGAUGGAUAUUUUAAAAGACCCCUCUGAGCGCUACAUAACAUAUAUAGAGUGUGUAAUUCAAGCUUACUUUACACAUUUGAAUGGUACAGCAUCCCACACGGUGAUAAUAAUCAUGGCGUUUGACAGAUAUGUGGCCAUAUGCAAUCCACUGCGAUACCCAACUAUAAUGAGCAAUAAUAUGAUGGUUAAACUGUCGGCAGGAGCCUGGGGUGUUGCAGUAGUGCCUGUGUCUGUAUUGAUUAGCCUCAGUGUGCGUCUAUCUCAUUGCAGAUCAUUUAUUGCAAACCACUUUUUGACUUUCACUGUGGUUUUAUUUGCCUCCUCAAUAGUGAGUGUGGCAUUAACAUAUUUCAGAAUAGCGAUGGUAUGCUUCAAAAGUAAACACAAAACAACAAACAGGAAAGCCAUAAAAACUUGCACUACUCAUUUGACUGUUUAUAUAAUAAUGCUGGUUUCUGGAUCUGUAGGAAUUUUUCUCCAUCGUUUCAACGUAUAUUCUGAUACUAGGAAACUAGCUAAUGUAAUGUUUCAUGUUAUUCCACCAGUUUUGAAUCCCAUAAUAUACGGUUUACAAGGCAAGGAAAUAAGACAAAUGAUUUUUAAACUUUUAAGAAAUAAAGUUAAUACAAAAUGA